AUGGCCGGCGGCAAGCAAGAAAUGCCGGGUCCAAGUCCGGUGGCGGUGGGCUCGGAUCCGGGGCCGACGGGCGCGGCCCUGGGUGUUGGCAACGUUGACGCUUGUGUGGUGGUGUACAGCGAGGGGGAGUUGCAGCCGAAGGUGUGGCUGGACGCGCCCAAGGUGGCCCAGGUGUUAGCCCGCUUCAACACCAUGCCAGAGCUGGACCAGUGCAAGAAGAUGAUGGACAUGGAGGGCUUCCUCAACCAGCGCAUCGACAAGCUCGAGGAGCAGCCGCACAAGGCGCAGUGCGAGAACCGCGAGCGCGAGACCACGCUCCUCCUGCAUGACGCCAUCGUCGGCCGCCGCCCAGGCCUCAUGGGCCUCUCCGUCGAGAUCUGGUUACAUCUCUGUCUUCAUGCCACUCUUGUUAUGUCUCGGAACCAAACGACAUAA